CACUCGCGAUCGUACAAAUGCUCUAAUCAGUUUAUCCAGUGACCAGUGACCUUGAGUAAUCUCAUCCCGUUCGAUUUCCGUUACCCGGUCUUGACAAUUCAUUCGAUGAUUCAGCAUGUGCGUGCAUGCUUCAGACUUCUCAGAUAAAAACAUACUUUCAGAACCAUAUGUCCAUAUGUCCUAAUACCCAUGACCAGCAAGAACAGGCUUACAGAAGCAGCGUACCAAUGUCUCCCUGGAGGUCCUCUUGAUGUUGACAAAGCCUUCUACGAUGAAGUAGCAGCCACUGCAUUCACAGAACCACCUUUGCGUACACUGGUUGAAAGUUUCAUCCUUCCCAUUCGCAGCGGAAAGGCAUGGCCGGUACGAAAAGGUGAUAUUUGUCGUAUCGUAGCGGUGGAAGGCGCCCAGGUCGGUGACUUGAACAUCUGGUCACUUCACAAUCCUCGUGAACGGUUCUGGGCUUCACGAACGCGUCAACUUCAGCGAGCUCAUGUAUCCGUGUAUGAUCGUCUUUGGUCAACAUUACCGUACCUCCGGCCUCUGGUGACAAUUACGGGAGACACGCUCAAGGACUACGGUGUGGAUGGAAGCGGGACUGAUUCAGAAGGGGGAAGGGUUCAUGAUCUACUUGGGACUAGAUGUGAUCCGUAUGUUAAUCGCAUGCUCACUGGGCAAGAUAGUGACUACCACUGUCACUCCAAUCUGACUCGCGCGAUUUUACCUUAUGGUUUGACGGAAUUCGACGUGCACGAUGUGUUAAACGUCUUUCAGUGUACAGGCCUGAACGACAAGGAUCAAUACUUUAUGAAAACCUGUCCUGCAAAGAAGGGUGAUUAUUUUGAGUUCAUGGCUGAAACCGACAUUCUAUGUGCACUUUCCACCUGCCCUGGGGGUGACUUGUCGAAAGCUAUGUGGGGGGAAGGUGCAACGGAAGGCACAAAUCUUGAUCCCACAUUGGAAUGCUGUCGCCCACUUGGUGUGCAAAUCUAUCGCCUUCCGGGCGAAUGGCUUACAGAACACGGAUGGAAAGAGGCAAUGCCAAAUGGGCCAGUGUAUAAAGGCAGACACGCUUUGAAGGAGAUCCCUUUUUCACCUAAUAAUUGAUUUACAUGGAUACGAUUUGAGAGAAAUUUGUAAAAUAUGGUACAUGAGACUCAUCGUGUUCAGUAGUUUAUAGACUACAG